UAUUUGGCAGGAAUCCGAGAUGGUUUAUGACAUAGAUCACAUUGCUCCGUAUGACAAUAGCAUAGCAAUUUCGCGUGAGACAUACUUGGGUUUGCCGUGUGAAAAUAUUCCAAUGGUUCAUUCGAAUACACCGCGUCGAAGAGCGACAGUUACAACGACCAGUCCGAAUACAUCGUCCAACAUCAGCAGCGAGAGCAUGUUGAACCCUUCCGAUUUGGUUGGGCUAUCACGCGAAGAACGACGUCGCCGACGGCGAGCAACACAAAAAUACCGUACGGCACAUGCAACACGCGAACGAAUCCGUGUCGAAGCAUUUAACGUUGCAUUCACUGAGCUUCGAAAAUUGCUACCCACAUUGCCGCCGGAUAAAAAACUAUCGAAAAUUGAAAUACUCAAAUUGGCCAUUUGUUACAUCGCCUAUCUUAAUCAUGUGCUAGAAACAUAAACACACACCAAUCCGCAUCAAUUUCUAACUUUUCCAUUGAUUUUUCAUUUCAUGUGAAAAUUAAUUUAGUUUAUUUUAUAUAUUUUGAUGACAAUUUUUCCAUUUUGUUUUUCUCCAGUGCAUCCGCUUAUUUCUGUGGUAUUCGGUUUAAGAUUGGUAUUUUUAUUCGUGGUUGUACAAAAUAAUAUUUUGAAAAUAUCUCA